UCGGCGUGAGGCCAGCGGCCGCUCCGCUCCCUCCUGCUCCCCGGCCGGGCCCGCGGGGAGAGUGACACUCGGCAGGCGGCUCCGUCCCGGCGGCAGCCCCCCCCGCGCCCCCUCCGCCUCCGAUAAGCAGUGUCUGAGGACUGAAGGACCCCAGAGAGGGAACACCUGUUGUUGAGGUUGUAAAGGUGCUCAAGCAUGGCUGACCUGGACCACAACCUCAGCCUUGCAGAUGCUCUGACAGAGCCACCUCCUGAGAUUGAGGAAGAAGUGAAAAGGGACUUCAUUGCCACUCUGGAAGCAGAGAAAUUUGAUGAUGUGGUUGGAGAAAAAGUAGAUAAAACAGACUAUGUUCCUCUGCUGGAUGAUGAUGAUGCAAAGCCUGGGUGCCAGGAACCAAAAAGCAAACCCCAUGCAGAUGGUAUUCAGGUGGAACAUACUUCAGCUUCUGGGCCAACAGUUGUAGAAAAUGGUGACCAUGGAAUAGAAGAUCACCACCCAGUCUUCCCAGGAGAAAUCAUGGAUGAAAAGAUGUCAUACAAAGAUUUUCUUGAUCGCAACGAGUCCUGGACAGUGGAUGACAGAGACCUGUGCUUUGAACAGCAGCCUGUGUUCAAACCCAUGGAGAUGGCUGAGCCUUUCAGCAUGCACAGGGGGGAGAACCUGCCUGAUCUGUCCUUUCCUGCUGACAUGCAGAGUGUGCCGCUGUUCCCGGGCCACAUUGAUGCUUCCAGGGACAUCCAUGCACCACAUGGAUCCGUGAUGGUACCUGAACAACCUUUCUUGGGGUCCUUCUAUGCUCCUGCAGACGCUCUAGACCCGUCAGCCUUCAUUGGCCUGGAUUCAACUGCAGAAUUUCUGCAAGAACAAGCAGUGCCUGAAGAACAUUGGAUGGGAGCUCAGCAUGAUGUGAAGGGACCAGAUGCCUCUUUCUUUGUUGAGCCACCAGUGCCCCUUACAAUGACUGAAGCAAUGAAACCCCACUUCCCAGGAAGCCCUGCAGCUGUGGCUCCUGCUUUCCCUCCUGCUGCAGUGACAGCAUCUCCAGGAGAGCCCGAAGCUGCUGAUGGACCAAAAGGUGCAACAUCAGCAGAUGCAGCGUGUGUUCCUGCUUUGGGUGGCCUGUCCCUUCCUGCAGAAAAACCUGGGUCCAUUCUUGCAGCAGACACCAAGCCUCCUCAAGCUCUGGAGGCUGGAUGUGUCCCUCCAGCAGAAACCAACCCUUUCCAGACUGUGGAUGUUGGGUUUGCUCCUGCACCAGAAAUCAAGGCUCCUCUUGCUGUCAACGCUGCAUCCACCCCAGUGGCAGGUCCUGGCUUCACCCCAGCACCAGAUCCUGGCUUCACCCCAGCACCAGAUGCCAUGUCCCAUUAUGGGGCAGAUUUGGAGUUUGCUCCAGCAGAAUAUGCAGGGUUUGCCCCAGCAGCAGACACAGCACCUCCCCAUGGGAUGGAUUUGGCCUUUGCCCCAGCAGCAGAUGCAGAACCUCAUCAUGCUCUGGGGUCUGAGUCUGCCCCCACAGCAGAUACCAGAUCUCCCCAGGGUGUGGAUUUGGCCUUUACCCCAGCAGCAGAUACUAAAUCUCACCACGCCAUGGACUCUGAGGUUGCUCCAGCAGCAGCAGAUGCUGAGUUUGCCCCUGCAGCAGAAGUCAACCAUCAUCAUGCUAUGGAUUCUGGGUUUGCUCCUGUGGUGGAAGCCAAGCCUCUCCCUGAUGUGGAACCUGGGUUUGCCUCUGCAGAAACCAAGUCUGUCCCUGCAGCUGACACCAAGGGUGCUGCAGCCGAAGGGCUGGUGGCAGCUCAGUCUUCUCUUGAUCAGCAGAAGUCACCCAUUGACAAGACUCCUGCAGAAGCAACUGCAAAUGUGGAAUCCAAAGUCCCAGAACCUUGUGUUGAUCCCUCAGAGAAAGCUAAAGACCUCAGAGCACCUCCCAACCAGCACCAGGAGCAUCUUCCAGAGCAGACAAACCACCUUUCCCAACCAGCAGUUCCAAUAGAAGCAAAAGAAGCUGCUGCACUAGAAAAUAAAGACCUUCCAGAAAAGCCUGUUCCCACCGUGGAUGUCACUGUUACAGAGAAACAAAAGGAGGAGGCUGAACACAACCAUGUUCAACACACAGAACCUCAGGAAGAAAAAACCCUGCCAGAGCCCACAGGUCUCCCCACUGCACAAAUAAGGCAAGCUAACAAAUCAAGGGAGCGCAGGUUUGGCAGAGCAAAACCUGCUCCAGUGCCUAUUGCAGAUGUACCAGAGGAACGUCUCGUAGGUCUCCCACACCAGAAGAGUCCUGACCCAAAAGUAGAUCCCUAUUCCAUAGUGGAACACGGAUGUGGUGCUGGAAGCUCCCCUGGCACUAGGGUGUCACAUACCAAGGCAGCUGAGCAGCCAUCCAGCGCGGGGUCAGAAUGUGUGCAGAGCUGCAGAGAUGGCCUGAGGGAGAGCUGGGAGCUGGAAGGCUCUCUGGCCAUUGUGAAGAAAAAGAAAAAGAAACCCAAACAGAAGAGAAACCAGCUGCCAAGGACAAUGGAGUUCUGGGAUGAAAAUGUGACGGUCUCAAAAGCUCCUAGAAAUCCUCCCUUUGCUGUUGAGUUGCAAGACCCAGAUGUCUGUCCUGUUGUGCCUGCUGGAGCUGGCAAAGAGCAGCCGACAGCCUCAGGAAGCAGAACUUCACAUGUGCCAAAGGAGGCCAAAAUAAGACCAGGGAGUCAUAUCCUGGAGGAGCAAAAUGUGCUCUCAGUGCCAGCACCAGGACUGCAGGCCCAGAAACCCAGCACACCUUUAGAAUCUGUCUUGGAUGCCAAAAAUGGAGAUGUCAGGAGCACAGGAGAAAGGAGAGAUGAACGUUUGAUGUUGCAGUCUAAAGGCAAAAGAAAAGAGGUUCCUUUGCAGCAGGCAGGAGAGGCUCAGGUGGGAGAACCUGUUCCAGCAAAGGGGCCAACCCAGCCUGGUGAAAGAGAUUUUCGUGAUAAAAAUGAGAAGAGGGAGUGCAGGGAGCCCAGAGGUGCCAACCAGACACCAUCUCCUUCAGAAGCAAUCGCUCUAAGCAAAGCAGAAACUCCUGUGGAGACCAGACCUCCAGAAUUGCUCCUCCCUGGCAAGGAGAAGGAGGCUAAAUGCACAUCUCCCAGGCAUGAAGCCUUCCGUGACACUGCCCACCCUGAGCUUCAGACUUCCAGUGGGUCGCUGGAAGCAGCAGCAAAGAAGAAAAGCCAAGGGGCUGAGAAUGAAUCCUUCAAGCAUCCCGCUCUUCUAGAGGCUGCAGCCCCCUUGGGCAAGCUUCUCAACCAGCCCAAGGCAGCUUCUGAAACUCAGCCAGUGUCCUCUGAUAAGUGCAUGGCCAUUGACCUCAGUACUGCAGGGGGAAUGUUGAAGACUCCAGCAGAGCCCACCAAAAUGCCUGUUCCAGCUUCACCACAACCCGAGGAGCUUCCUGCUUUGCAGACCAGAAAGGCUGGUGGGGUUUCAGAGCAGCCCUUUCUUCUGGCAGCAAAGUCUGAUGCAACCAAACAUCCCAGCUCUGCUGAAGCAGUGGACAGAGUGGUGGUAGCAGAGUCCCCUGACCACAACAAAGGGAAGGGCUUUACUGCAUUAGAGCAGCAGACUGGAAAAGAUCCCAGUGCUGCACGUGGGCUGGACAGACCUAAAAAAAAGCGUGGUGAAGGGAAAGUGAAAAAAUCCAAAAGCUCCUCUGAGCAGCUGAUGCCCUGGGAAGAUGGAAGCAAAGUGCCUGAUGGCCUCAGGACAGAUGAGCCUGUGAAAGAAACACCUUUCCCUGAGAAAGGCAGAGGGUUUGCUGCAGAACACCCCUCAGUUGGUGUUGCUCGUGCUUAUCCUGCAGAUAAGCCAAAAAAAAGGGGUAGUGAUGGGAGAAGUAAAAGAGGAGAAAGGAGUUUUUUCCAGCAGCCUUUUCCUGAGCAAAAAAUGGAGCCGAGUAGCUUUCCUGGUAGAACUGAUAGAACUCAGGAAGGUAGUGAGAAAGGCAGAGAGAGGGGCUGUGUUGCUGCUGAGUGUUUUCAGGAGAACACAUCAGAUGUCACCAGGAUGCCACAGCCCAUUGCACUGGUGGCAGAGGAGCCUAAAGAAAAUGGUGGCAGAAGUGAAAUGGCUGAUUUGGGUGCUUCAGGCCAACCCUUCCUGCAGGAGAGCAGGAGGGAGGAGGCAAAGCCCUUGGCUUUGGCUGACACAGUCAGUAAAAAUGAGGUAAAUUCCAUGACUCAAGGGAAGGAGGCUGGAAUUACUGCUGCAAGUGAGUCUGUUCUAAUAAGUGCUGCUGCAGCCCCAGACAAACCCAGGAAGAGAUGUAGUGAUGGGAAAAGGAAGAAGCCAGGCAUGAGUCCUGUGAGGCAGGCAGCUGGUCUGGAGGCUGGGGUGGAGACAAGCAGUCUUCCAACCAAAGCAAAGGUGACUGGAAGCACAAAAGACAGUGUCUUUGAUAAGGAUAAGGUGUCUGGGUUUGAAAGAGAGCUUUUGGGAGAGAACCUGACAGGUAUAAGCAAAGAGGUGGUGGAGAAGCCUGACAUCCAGGGUGGAAAUAGAUGUUUCUCUAAUCAGCCAGUUCUUUCAGGUCAUAAAAUAGAGCCAGCAGAGCCAGAAGUACUCAGCACUAAAAAAACUUGGCCCAUGGAUGAAGGUAAGGAGCUGGAUACAUCCAAGGUGCUCCCAGAGCCCAGGGCAGACUCUGCUGGGGUACAGAGUCCCAGCAGGGAACUGGUGAUGGACAAGCCUAAGAAAAAAAGUAGAGACAUGAAAGGCAAGAAGGCUGGAAAUGGCCUUGAGUUCUCUGUUGUGCUGGGUGCGGGUGACAUCCCUGUGGUAGGGGAAGAGGUGGGAAAAAUGAACCAAACUCAGUCUUUCAGUAAAGGCAAAGAGACUAAUUCCAGCAGUUCAGUGAGUCUGCUGAGUGGCCCAGCUGGUACUGCAGAAGCACCUGCUCCUUCUGUACCCCAGGACCCAGAAAAAUCACACACAAGUAGUAAAAAUAUCAAAAAGAUGGAGGCUAACGUGCAGCAGCCAUUCCUUCUGGAGCCUAAAGCUGGUGCAGAGAUGUUUCCUCCUCGUGACGUGGAGAUAAGUGACAAGUCUGAGGCAGAAGGUCCCACUCCUUGCAGCAAGCGGGGUGGGUUACCUAUCCCAGAGCAUCCAGCAGUGCCAGAUGAUACUUUGGGCACAGGGACUGACAGAUCUAAAAAGAGAGGUUAUGAUGGGAAUAGUAAAAAGGCUAAAAAUGCCCCUGAUCAGCCUGGUUUUCUAGAGCCAAAAGCAAACAGGAGAGAAGUGCAGCCUCCCAAGGGAUCUGAAAUGGAUUAUGGAAUGGGGGACAUGGAUUUUGUAGAUGAAAACAGAAAUAUUAGAAACUUUCCCAUUGGCCCUCCAAUGCUCUGGAAUAAUAAAGGAAGUGACUUGGGAUCCUGUGCUCAGCCUGCAGUACCUGGCCCUGCUGGCACUGGGGAUGGCUCUUCUGGCUCCCCAAAGCAGAGGGAUGAGGGUGCAGCAAGUUUGGGGCUUCCUCCUGCUGAAGCAGCAGCAGAGAAGAGGAGCAAAGAGCCUGGAUCUGGAGCUGAGAAGGAGAUGGAGGCACAGGAAUCUCGGGAGCAGCCAAUCCAUCUGGGACACAAAGAGCCUGGAGAAGAGAUUUCAAAGAAAGUUGGUGAAACCAAAGAGGCUGGUUCCCAGGAUGGGAGCAGGGCAGGUCAGCCUCUUGCUGUGGAUCAUUCGGUUAAACAGGACGUUAAAUUGAAGAAGGACAAAGUUCAGCUUUCUCCUGAGACAAAAGUGGAUGAUAAAGAGCUAAGAACCCCUGAUAAAGAGCUAAGAACCCCUGAUAAAAAGCCAAACACUGAAGCCACUUCCUCAGACCUUCCUCAGAAGGCGGCAGAUUCAAAAAAGAGACCGGCUGCUGUAGGUGCCAACGGGACAGAGAAACUGGAAGCAACCAUUUCUUCAGGGGAGAAGGACACUGGGUGCAUCCCCCCAGAACUUGCAGGGGUACCAGAGGACAAAGCAGGAGCAGCUGAGCCACAGGUCAUGGGAGAAGCUCUGGUGGAGAAUAAAGCUGAGCUUGGUGGAGGUGGGAAGAGUGAGCAGAGCUCAGUGGAGCACCCAGGCACUUUGAACGAUAAAGUAGCUGAAGCAGAGGUUGCUGGUUUAAAUCUGACAGCUGCCCCAACAACCAAAACAAGUCCUAAAGAUGACAAGAAAGGUGGUUCUCAGCCUGCAGAACAGGAUACUGCUCAUGCUGGGGAGGCUCACCUGAAGGAUGCCCUGGCGUUGAAGUCUGGAGAAGAUAAACCUCAAGACUCAACUAAGGAAAAAGAAGAGGAAUGUGAGCAAAAAGCUGUGAAGGAGGCAAAGAAAGAGAAGGUUAAAGCAGCAGAACAGCUCAAAGGCUACAUGAGACCCACAAAGUCAAGAGGGGCUCCAGCUCUGCCAGCCAGGGCUGCUGCUCCAGAGCGGGAGAAACCAAAGCAGCUGAAGCCCGGUGGGGUGAGGCGGCCGAGGCCAGAGCAAGGAAAACCAGAAGAGACCAAACCAGCUGAAGCCGUGACAGGGAACGAUAUCACAGCACCUCCCAACAAAGAGCUUCCUCCCAGCCCUGAGAAGAAGACAAAGCCUGCUGCCACCACACCAUCUCCAAAGCCUGCAGCACCGAAAGCCAGGCCCCUGGCCACCACCAGCCCCAAGAGGCCAGCCUCUGCCACGCCUGGUGGCCCAAACAAAAAACCCACCAGCCCUACUACAGGUCCUACUUCAGCCACUCCCAAGCGCCCAGCCACCAGCACCACUCGGCCCUCCACCCUCACUCCAAAAGAGACUAAACCAAAGGUUGCAGAUGCGAAGCCCACCGAGAAGAGGACCUCCCUCUCCAAGCCCCCAUCAUCUGCCUCUUCCAGACCUGCUGCCAGGAGCACCCCUGCCACUCCCAAGACAACGGCACCAUCACCAGUCACUGCACCUGCUGCUGCAAAAAAUACUGCUGCUUCUCCUCCCAAGAGGCCAACGUCUAUCAAGACUGACGCGAAGCCUGCGGAUGCCAAGAAGACCUCAGCAAAGUCACCAUCAGCAGAGCUGAGCCGCCCCAAGAGCGCUGCUGGAAACGCAGUCAAAAGUAGCACCACCACAAUUUCCACCACCACCUCCAGCUCUCCUGCUUUACCUGCAGCAGCCACAAGUCGUCCCAAACCCAAGCCUGCUGCAACCAAACCCACCACAACCUCAACCACCACAACAGAUGCUAAAAAACCAACCACUAAGGCUCCCCCUAAGCCCAGCCCGGCUCCCAAGCCGCUCCGCCCCACCAGCAGCGUUUCUGCUCCGGAUCUGAAAAAUGUACGUUCCAAAAUCGGAUCAACAGAUAAUAUUAAGCACCAGCCUGGUGGAGGAAAGGGGAAAAUAGAGAAAAAGCCAGACUCAGCCGCUGCUGCCCGAAAGCCUGAACCCAGUGCAGUCUCUAAAAUGGCUACUACUAAAACAACCGUAUCAAAAGAGAGUGCCCCAAAACAACCCAAUGGGAAAGUCCAGAUAGUCUCCAAAAAAGCGAACUACAGCCAUGUUCAGUCCAAGUGUGGUUCCAAGGACAAUAUUAAGCAUGUCCCUGGAGGUGGGAAUGUGCAGAUCCAGAACAAGAAAGUGGACCUUUCCAAAGUGUCCUCAAAGUGUGGCUCCAAAGCAAACAUCAAACACAAGCCAGGGGGAGGAGAUGUCAAAAUUGAGAACCAGAAGCUGAACUUCAAGGAGAAGGCCCAAGCCAAAGUGGGUUCUCUGGACAACGUGGGACACUUGCCAGCAGGAGGAACCGUGAAGAUUGAAUCUCACAAGCUGACGUUCCGUGAGAAGGCCAAGGCUCGGACAGACCACGGAGCAGAAAUCGUCGUCUCCAAACCCCCCAACCUUUCCAGCAGCACUUCCCCCUGGCGUAGCACACCCGGCAGCCAGAGCCUGGCCUCAGUCGCCUCCUUGUCACCGCUGCAACAGCCAGCCCCCCUGGCAGCCCCUUCUCAGCAAGGCUUGUGACCCCCCAGCCCCUGCUCCCCCCGCCUCCCAGCGUGACGCAGCUUGGCCCUCUUAACCCGGCCUCUGGCUCUAGGUGGGGAAGGGGACAGCAUUUAGCAGGGUCUCCUCAAGCAGCCCUGGGGACUCACCCCUGCCCAAGCAGGCCGGGCUCUGCUGGGUCCUUUUUUGGGGACCUCUCCACUCCUCAUCCCUUGUGCUUUUCAGGGGGUCCCUCAGUCAGUGUUAGUGUCGUGUGUCGGGGACGGGCACGACGGGACGUCCAGGCUGUGUCUGGCUGUCCUGAGCAGGGGGGAGAUGCAGAUGGAGCCCAAGCUGCUGGUGGCUGCAGCCAGGCCAGAGUUAACAGGGAUAAGCUGUGAUCUUUCUUUCUUUCUUUCUCUUUUUUUUCUUCUUUUUUUUUUUUUAUUUUUUAAGAACCCACCUUUCCCUCCUUGCCGCUUCAGUUUCUGCUGAUCCCGUUUGAUGAUGAUAUAUAUUAUACACACACAUUAGGCUGUUUUAACUGUUGACUUUAACCUUUUAUUCUUUGUGACGCUGUGUUGAUGAUUUAUCGUGCUGCAAACCCAGGCUAAGUUUCCUUUUCUCUUUCCUCCUUUCCCUAACCCUAGGAGAGUAGAGACAUUAACCGCUGCUGCAGUGCUGGCUUCUUACUGACAUAUCCAGCAAUUGUAACUCUUUUUGUUGGUGGUUGGUUGGUUGUUGGGUUUUUUUUAAAUAUUUUUAAACGAUGGAGCAAAUUCAUGGGAUUAAGCCAUGUCUGAAAUGAAAGGCACAGGAAUGUGUUGAAGGGAAAACUUGUUGUGACAGAUGAGGUGGAGCCUGUGUUGACCGCAGUGAGACGCGUUGAGUCUGAGGCUGGUAAAAAAAAAAAUAACAAGCCCUCCUGUAGGGCCAAACCUCCAGCCCUGGAGGGUGCCCAGGACCUUCUGUGCAUCAGCAAAGGCAAAGGUGGUUUAUUUAUUAACUUGCGGAGCCAAAGCCCUGGGAUUCUUCUUCUUUCCAGCCAGGGCCUGAGGUCUGGAGGAGGGGCAGGAGGCUGCUUGGCGGUGCAGGUGAACGCAGGUCCCGUGGUUGUUGCGUGUGGUUGUUUUGCCAGAGGCUGAGGUGUGAGUGACCCGGGGGUGGGGGAGAGAGAGGCCGAGGUGGGGACAAAGGGACAGGCCACCUCUCCCCCCCGGGCUGUGAGGCAGGGGGUAGCAGAAGGUCUGUGGAGGGCUGGGAGGGAGGCAGAGCCCCGGGCUGGGGCAGGGGAGGCAGGUUUUUAGUGCCAGGGAGUUGCAGCUCUGACUAGGAAGGAGAUUUUUUUUUUUUAAUUAUUAUUAUUAUUUUUCUUUACCUUUGAGGUGUGAGCUCCUCGUUCCAUGUUGCGAAUGACACUAAAAGAAAUGAAAUGUAAAUAAAUUUAAAAAAAUAUAUAUAAAAAAAGCAAAGCACGUUCUUGGGUCGUCAAACUAAUUUAAAGUGAAAAGCAAAAGGAAAACAACAACAGCAAAAAUAAAAAAAGCAGAAUAACAAAACACUGGGAUCCAAGUGAACUGAACCAGGCGUGUGCUGAGGGGGGGCUGCUCAAGGAGGGACAGAGGGAAGCCUGCAGCUUCCCAGGCUUGUGGGAAUCUUUCUUUGGGAAGCCGACAAUGACACGAUAACCCGGAAUCUGUAUUUACACACAAAGAUUCUUAUUGCACUUGUAUUUUUUAUAUUAAAGUUUGCAUGAUUUCUAAUAAAAUGGCAUUAAAAUGUACUAGUUUGCAUCAAA